ACCUACUCUCUUUCGCUUUGAAGCCAUUCCCCUUUCUCCUAUCACCACGCCCGUGUCAAAAACCCUUCUCCAGCUUUCUCACAGCUCCCUUCAGGUACCGAAAGGCCGCGAUAAGCUCACCCCAGAACCUCCUCAUCUCUCUGGGUUCUCCCCCUGCUGCGGAGGUCCCCGCGGCAUCCCUGGGUACCACCCCCCGUCCCCAUGGCAACGCGCGGGCCAAUGGCGUGGCCGGAGGAUGUUUACGGGGCGUGGCGUCGCCAUGGCAACGCGCGAAGCCUCCCGGAGCCGCUACUUAACCCCGAGCCGGGGCGGCCGCGGCUCACGGCGGCUCGGCGGGCACGGCCCGGCCCGGGCACCCCGACACCCACGGGGCUUCUCUUUCCCCUCCUCCUUUUUUCUCCUCUCUGCCUCUCCUCUCUUUUUUUUUUUUGUUUUUUUUUUUUUUGUUUUUUUUUGGGUUUGUUUUGUUUUUUUGUUUUUUUUUUUUUUUUUUUUACACCUUCAGUCUCCUGUUUUUCCAGAAGCUUCUUACUCUUGUCGGCAAUUUUGCCUGUGGCGUGGCGACACCGGGACGGGGUAAGGGGAUGCGGCGGGGUCGGGAGGGCGGUGGGACGGGAAGGGCAGCGCGGCCGAAGCUGCAGUGGGUCUUCACGGAGGCGCGGCUCUGGUUAUGCGCCCUCCCGGUGCUCUCUCCUGGUCCAAACACUCGGGAUUUCGGGUUUAUAUCCACAUCCCCCGCACAGGACUCCCCAAAAUCUGAAGCUGCCACCUUUCUCUGACUGAGGGCGUGAUUGGGGUGGGAGCUUGCUAGUUCCCCCAAGCCACCCCUGAGUUGUUUCUGGGUACCACGGGAAGGUAAAAGCAAAAAUAGCAUCAAACCGAGAGAAGUUGGCUGCGAGGGGGGAAACUUAAAAGUAUUUUGUCCUGGUGUGGAAUGCUGAGAGUUAGUCCUGUGAGUGCCAGCUAUCCAGAGAUGUGUGCUUCCAAGAAACAAUCUCACUUUUUGGGAUGGCAGGGCUGGAUUUUGGUUAUUUGAGGGUUUUUUUUUUUUUUGGGUUUGUUUUAAAUUCUUCGUUCAGCCAAGAGCUUGCUGGGCAGCAGAUCAGUGGGUGACACUGAGGUGUAGGAGUUUGAGGGAAUUUUCCCUGAGUUUCAAGGGUGCUAAAGCCAUCGGGGCUGGUGUUGCAGGUCCCUUGCACAGCACACCAGGGAUGGGUCUCACCCGGUAGCUCCAGCAGCACCCAGGGCUGGCCCUGCCUGGCUGUCAGAGAGAGACUGCACCUUAGGGAACCUCACCCCUGUCGCUAUUGUUAUUGCAGGAUCUGCCCCAUCCCUUCCCUCCCCCUUCACGUGCAGCCCGGGAAACACUGAGGAAGGCAUGGCGUGGCCCAGCCGAGCUCUGAAAGCCAAGGGCAAAUUGAAGAGUGUGGAGGAAGACCUGGAUGACAGCCUGCCAGACCUCAUGUGGCUGAGGGACUUCACAGUGGCCCAGACUGGCCUGCCUCAGUUAUACUCUGGCUCAGACCCCCAGGACUGUUACACCAUGAGCGAGAGUCUGUUCAGCCUGGUUGAUUUUGAGUCCCCAUGCUCGCCCCUGGCUGCUGACCCGGCCUGCAAGGGCACACGCCACACUCCCUGCACGCCUGUCUCCUCCUCCACCUCCUCCACCAUGCACCACGACGUGGCUGUGCCCCCUCAUCUCGCAGGGGACAUCGACUACAAGACCAACCCUCACGUCAAGCCACCCUACUCCUACGCCACCCUCAUCUGCAUGGCCAUGGAAGCCAGCAAUAAACCCAAAAUCACCCUCUCUGCCAUCUACAAGUGGAUUACUGACAAUUUCUGCUACUUCCGACAUGCUGAUCCCACCUGGCAGAACUCCAUCCGGCACAACCUCUCCUUGAACAAGUCCUUCAUCAAGGUGCCUCGGGAGAAAGACGAGCCAGGGAAAGGUGGAUUUUGGAAGCUGGACCCCUACUAUGCCAACCGGCUCAAGUACGGGACUUACAAAAAGCGGAGGAUGUCUCCGGUGCAGAUCCACCCCGCCUUCUCCGGCAGAGCCCAGAAAGAGGCACGGCACGUUGGCAGCCCGGCCGCUUCCUCCUGCAGCUCCAACAACGUCCUCGAGGCCAACGUGGCAUCGCAGCAGCUGCUCGAAGAGUUUGAGGAAACCACCAGCAGCCAGAGUUGGAGCCCGGCGGGUACCAAAGCGGGGCAGAAGCGCAAGCAGCCCUCGCCCCUGCCCUCGGCCAAGGUGUCCCGGCUUCCCAGCUCGGCCCUGAUGACCCAGGAGGAGCAGACUGAGCUGGGAUCACUGAAAGGUGUCUUUGACUGGGAAACUGUUUUUAACACCAACCUCAACGGAGACUUCUCCACUCUGGUGGAUAUGGAGCUCCCACCUUCCAUCAACCCUGUCACGUGCGACCUGGACUGGACAGGACAAGGGCAACGUAUGGAGUGUCCCCAGGGGCAGGAACAAGUUGUCACCGAAUCCAACCAGUACAGCCUGGACUUUAAUGAAACCCUCUUGGCCACGACUUUCUUGGAGCAUCCCUGCGAUGAAGGGACAAGUGAUUACCUCUCCAACUGCGUCAACAUUGACCAGGUGUUUGAAGACAUCGAUGCCUCUUUGCUGGCAGAUGUCAUCAACCUGAGCAGUCUGGCACGCCUCUUGUAA